AUGCAAUAAUUAUUUAUUAAUUUAUAUCAAUUGAUAGAAAGAACUCUUCUUAACUACAAAACAACCAAGAACUCAGACAAUUUGAUUGCAAGUCUUGCAUAAUAAUGUGUAUUUUAUUAAUUAUAUCGACCUUUCUUAGAGAGUACUGGGAAUAAUUACUUUUUAUUUUCUAACAAAUUUUAAGAUGA